AUGGCCAAUGCGAAGGCAUUAUUAGGAUCGGGAAUAAUAUUAUCAGUUCUUGGUACUGUUCUUUUUAUUCUUUCAUUUGCAUUAUUUCCAUCACUAAUUAAUACAGCAACAAGGAAUGCGGUAAUAGAUGCUGUUGUUGUAGAUUCACCUAAUGCCCAAAGAUAUAGUGAUUGGGAAGGACAACAAUCAGUUGAAAAUUUAUAUUUACAAUAUUAUUAUGCAUGGAAUUUAACAAACCCAGAACAAUUUAUUCAAGGUAAAAAACCAAUUUUUAAUCAAGUAGGACCAUUUAAUUACAAGUACGAGUAUGAAAAUGAUAAUGUAACCUUUUUAGAUAAUGGAAAUUUAGUAGAGUACACACAAGUUAAAAAAUAUAUUUAUUUAGAAGAUUCGCCAUUUGAUCCAACCCAGGUAUCAAUUACCAAUAUUAAUCCAGCAUUUUUAGGUCUAAUGUUCCAAAUGUCCGCAAUUUCUUCUUUGAUAGACUUACCAGCUGAGGAUAUUUUAUUUGCAAUUGGCGGUUGUGGUCAAAUGAAACUAUUUUUAGAAUAUUUAAACUCCGACACUUUUACAGAAAUUGCAUAUUUUGUUAGUAAUCCAGCCUUGUAUUUAAACCAAUACAAUGCCAUUUUGAAAUCGCUUUCAAAUAAUCAAAUUUACUUUUUUGAACAAUGGGCAAACGGUACAAGCACUCCAACUAAAGGACAUGGUUGGAAUGGUAUGUUGGUUUCAUUUAACUCGUCAGAGCCUUCCGGAAUUACAUUAGAAUCUGCCCAACAAAUAUUUAAUGAAGCUAAUGAACUAUCAAUUAUCAACCAAAAUAGUGGCUACACUACAUGGAUUAAUGCAAUGUUAGAAGAUAAAUCAUCAAUCGAACUCUUAAAGAAUAAUUUAAAUAUAACAGAAACUCAAAUCUCUACAAUUAUCGACUGGUGGAUUAAUUCUUUUGCACAAGUUUAUACAAACCCAUUUUUCCUCAAGCAAUGUGAUAUCCCCGAUUUAACUUAUUUGGGUGUUUGCCAAUUCGUUUCUGCUAUUCCUCUUGGUGGUAAAUCAAUAGUUAGUAUUGAUUUUAUUCAACAACCAUAUACUCACGGUCCAAUCGAAAUUCCAUUAUCUACAACCAUCAAAUUAGAUGUUAAACCGGUAGUAGCUUAUCAAAAUCUUUUCAAUCCAAAUAGCGCAACCAAUAUUUUAAAUCUUAAUGGUAUGAUUGCAUUUAUUGAAUCUGUUAAAUCAUUUAGUUUUUCAGACUAUAAUAUUUCCUUAGAAGAUGGUUUAUUAAUUAUUACAUAUUCAACUAUUGAUAUUUCAGCAUCAUAUACAUUUGAUACAGUUCAAGAAUUAUAUAAUACUACAAGUGGUUUGGUAGUUACCAGAACAGUAGACGAAUGGUUAUGGACAUGCGAAGAUGGUAUUUUAGAUUUUUUAGGUGUAGAUCAACCAUGCGCUUUACAACAAAACAAUACAGUUAAUAAACCAUCAAUAGUAUUUACAGGUAAAGACGAUCUAGCAAUGACAAAUGUUUAUUUUGAAUUCCAAGAGCAAACAACCUUAACAUGUUGGAAUGGCCCAGUCAAUGUAAGCGCACCAACAGAAUCUGGUCAAUUUCCACCACUUCAAGGCAUUCAAGAUACUAUUCAAAUCUUUGAGGAGAAUACAUUCCGUCCAGUUUUGUUAAUUAGAGAUGGCCCAUCACAAGUUGAAGGUAUUGAUACCCAAAGAUAUUAUUUACAAAAUAAUAGUUUCCCAGUUUCAUCAGUUUUCAAUACUCUCAUCCCAGGCUUUGCAAAUUUAACUACAAUGCAGAAUCUUCCAUUAUAUGUCUCCCUCUGGGAUAUGUACGAAGUACCGCCACAAUAUAGUACUAACUAUAUUCAAGGUUUAAAUCAAACAUGGGCCAGUGCUCAAGUACCAUUAGACUUGGAACCAAUCACUGGUAAUGCACUCUAUUAUAACCUCAAGCUUCAAAUUAAUUUGGCUCUUCCAAACAACUCUAAAUGGUUCAGUAAAUCGUCAAUGUACAAUAAAACUGUUCCAGAAACCAUCACAAAUGGUGGUUAUUAUUUCCCAUCUUUUAAAAUAGGCCAAACUGCUCAACCAUCAGAUUCAAAUGUAAAUUUAUUAAAAUCACAAUUUAAGGAAAUGAAAACCGUUCAAGUUGCCCCAGUUAUUAUCUUUGCUGUUGUUGGUGGUGUUUUAGCAAUUGUUGGUGUCACCAUGGGUAUUUUUGGUUAUAAAAAAUUGAAAGCCCAACGUGAAGGAUAUAAAGUUAUAGCAUAG